AUGUGAUGAGCGAAACUGAAAAGAAUGAUGGGAUGGAUAUAAUCCAACGGCGUGAAACGUGGUAGUCCUUGAAGCUUUCCAGGUUUCGUCAAAUACCAAAUCAUCUGCCCCAAAACCCACAACCCCAACUCCCCCCUUCUUUCUCUGUCACACUCUCACUCUGUUCCUGCAUGUUAAAUUUACGCUGCUUUUCGUUUCGUUUCGUUUCUGCGGACUCUGGGGCGCUGCUGAACGUCUCCAAGUGAAGAUUUUGGGCUCUCGUGGGGGUUUUCAUGCUCUCUGAUCAAAAGGAUUCUCUUCAAGGUUCUAGCUUUCCUUCUUAAAUUCACAUUUAUCAUCAAAUUUAUGUGCUUUCUCGUUUGCCCACUAAAGUUUAUUAGCAGGACAACAUUUUCUCUUGUUCUUUGUAAAUUACGAUUGAAUUGGUGAUUGAUUUCACAUAGAGGUUUUUUUUGGGUUCAAUCUAAGCAAGAGUAUAAAUAAAAGAAGCCCAUUUGAUAAAAUGGAGUUUGAGCCAUUGAGCUUGGGCAAUGAUGUUAUUGAAUUUGACAUGAUGGGUUUGGGUGAUAUUGACCACUCUGUUGACCAUGAUGAUCUCCUUCACGAUUCUCCUCCUACUGCUAUUCCUACUCCUAGUGUUUCUGAUGUUGUUGGUAGUGCUGCCAUUUUCGAACCUUACAUCCCUGAAGGAGACACUAACCUUGAACCUUAUGAGGGCAUGGAAUUCGAAUCGGAGGAGGCUUCCAAGGCCUUCUACAACUCCUAUGCUCGCCGCACUGGCUUCAGCACUCGUGUCAGUAUGUCUCGACGCUCCAGGCGUGAUGGUGCCAUCAUCCAGAGGUCUUUUGUUUGUGCUAGGGAGGGCUUUCGUGUCGAUAAGCAUGGCAAGCCUGGCUCUGACCGUGAAGGCAGGGUCAAGCGCCCCCGGCCUGAGACCCGAGUUGGUUGUAAGGCCAUGUUGGUAGUCAAGAUUCAAGACUCUGGGAAAUGGGUUGUCUCUGCUUUUGUCAAGGAACAUAACCAUGAGCUGGUUCCUCCUGAAAGGGUGCAUUGCCUCCGCUCUCAUCGUCAUGUCUCUGGUGCUGCAAAGUCCUUGAUCGAUACCUUGCAGGGUGCUGGCAUUGGCCCCAGAGGGAUUAUGUCUGCCCUCGUCAAAGAAUAUGGUGGAAUUAAGAACAUUGGCUUCACAGAGCGUGACUGCAGGAAUUACAUGAGGAGUAGUAGGCAAAGGACCCUUGGAGGCGACACUCAGCUGCUCUUGGACUACUUGAAGGACAAGCAAGCCAAGGACCCAGCAUUUUUCUUUGCUGUGCAGGGAGAUGAAGAUCAGUGCAUGAGCAAUGUCUUCUGGGCUGAUCCUAAGGCAAGGACUGACUAUACUUACUUCGGUGACACUGUUACAUUUGACACAACUUACAGGUCAAACCGAUACCGAUUGCCUUUUGCACCUUUCACAGGGGUUAACCAUCAUGGACAGCCUGUGUUGUUCGGAUGUGCCCUCCUGAUAAAUGAAUCUGAGGCAUCGUUUCUUUGGCUUUUCAAAACAUGGCUCACAGCAAUGUCUGGCCGGCCUCCACUCUCAAUUACGACUGAACAUGAUCGAGUGAUUAGCUUGGCCAUCACCCAGGUUUUUCCUGAUACCCGUCACCGCUUCUGCAAGUGGCACAUCUUUAAAGAAUGCCAAGAAAAGUUGUCCUAUGUGCAUUGUGAGCAUUCCAACUUUGAAGCAGAGCUUCAUAAAUUUGUCAACCUGACCGAAUCAGUUGAAGAGUUUGAGUCUUGUUGGUUGUCUUUAAUUGAUAAAUAUGAUCUCAGGGAACAUCAAUGGCUUCAAUUGAUAUAUGCUGAUAGGCGGCAGUGGGUCCCUGUAUACCUGAGGGACACCUUCUUUGCAGAAAUAUCUAUAACACAGCGCAGUGACAGCAUGAACUCUUAUUUUGAUGGAUAUGUCAAUGCAUCAACAACGCUACUGCUGUUUGUUAAGCAGUAUGAGAAAGCUCUUGAAAGCCGGUAUGAGAAAGAAGUGAAGGCAGAUUAUGAUACUAUAAACACUGCUCCUAUUCUUAAGACCCCUUCGCCCAUGGAGAAACAGGCAGCUGGGCUUUACACAAGGAAAAUGUUUAUGAAAUUUCAAGAAGAGUUGGUCGAGACAUUAACUUUCUUGGCAAUGAAAGUUGAGGAUGAGGAUGAGGAGGCAGGAUCCGUAUAUCAAGUGUCUAAAUUUGGGGAAAGCCAUAAAGCAUAUUUUGUUAGAUUUAAUGUUCAUGAGAUGAAAGCAUUUUGUAGUUGCCAGAUGUUUGAGUUCUCUGGCCUUCUUUGUGCACACAUCUUGACAGUUUUUAGGGUGACAAAUGUUCUUACUCUGCCACCUCAUUAUAUUUUGAAGCGUUGGACAAGGAACGCCAAGAGUGGUGUCAUAUUGGAGGAACGUGCCAGCGAUUUGUUGAAUAAGUCACAAGAAUCUCUCACAGUACGAUACAAUAAUCUGCGUCAUGAGGCACUUAAGUAUGUUGAUGAAGGGGUUAAAACUGUUGAAAUUUAUAACGUGUCUAUUGAUGCCCUUGAAGAGGCUGCAAACAGAGUUUCUCUUGCAAAGAAGAAUGAUGGGAGAUUGGCUAUAGUUAGUAGAACUGGAAGAGACGACAGAUUUCAUUUGGGGAGUCGAUCAAACACCAUUGGUGAUCAUAAAUGGGGUUUCGAAACUCUGUCUGCGGAUGAGCAGGACAAGAAAAUCCAGAAACUUGAGCGCCAACUUGAUCGUGCACAACGGAAAUGUGAAUUGUAUAGAGCUAGUUUGCUUUCGGUUUUGAAAGAUAUUGAGGAGCAAAAAUUACAGCUAUCUGUUAAAGUUGAAAACAUUAAAUUAGGAAUGAAAGAGAGUAGCAUUGUAUAGCGCUCUCUCUCUCUCUCUCUCUCUCUCUCUCUCUCUCUCUCUCGUUUUAUGUGAAAUGAUUAGGUUCAAUGUCACGUCGAUUGCAUUGUAGGGGCCGUUGUUCAAGACCAAAAUGAAAAGUUAAUU